CCGAAAUUGACAAACUGGCCCGAUGAGCCGAGUCCGCGCCGCGCUGAUCGCGCGAGUGAGCAUGCUUCUCCGCGUCCUGCAGGGAGGCAGUGGUGCGAUCAUCCUCGUGUGCAUCCUUAAUUCGUAUCGUGGCGUGGCUCUGGCCAACGAACCCCUCGGUUUCGAUUCGAAGGAGUACUUCCCCGCGACCACAUCACACUUUUUCCUGGCGAUUGCGGCGGCGUUCAGCAUCGCGUUCGGAGUGGUCCACGUCGUGUUUGAAGUCGUAUUGUCACGAAUCAAGAUGGAACCGCUCUUGGAACGGUGUGCCGAUGGGUUUCUUGCCGGUCUCUACUUCGUCGUCGCGUGCGUUCUGGCACCUGCUUUGGACUGUACUGCGUCGACGUACGUCAAGUGCAUAUACUAUCAAAUCGCAGUCGUGGUUGCGUUUCUCAAUGCCAUGCUGCACGUGAUCUCGAUUGUCUUUAACGCCCACAUCAAGUCCAUCUACCGAGGCAACCCCGAUGCCACGGAGAAUCUCGUGCCGCGCGGGCGAUACGGAGGCCAAGAGCCUGUCGUAUCGCACGAUGCGUCCACUGCAGUGCAUGCACCCCAACUCCCACAUCAAACGACGAAGAAGGUGUGUGUCGCCGAUCAGCAGUCCGACUUGGAUGCCCUCGAGGCUUUGCCACGGGGGCAAUUUGGGUCCGUGCGGCGCACAGAUCUGUCCGACCUCAUGGAAUGUCGCAACGAAUACGCGGCGGAAGAUGCCUACUUCCACAGCAGUCGCAGGGGCCUCGCAAAUGCGUCCUUUGCCAAGCCCAAGACUAAUCUAGACCACGUGUAGCAAACCAACACAAUGAAGCGAUUACUCGGUUGUACUGGGAAGAAAUGUGGGUCGCGACCCUGUCCCUGGCUAGACUGCAGCCACGCUGUCAGUGCCAACGACCGGGCUCGUGUAGGCCAGAGAUCGUAAUGGAAUCGCCAAAGAUAGACGAGGAACUGGUCCCCGAGAGCUGCCACUCGGUCGUCGAA